CCCAGAGUUGAGACAGUAUUUCACACGACAAUGGUGGGGAUACAUAUUUUUGUGGGGAAACAUUAAUAAGAGAGUUGCUGAUUGUACCAGAAGAACAACAGCAACAAUUGAAGUACAGCACAAGAUAUUGAAGACAUUUGACAUUACCAAAAAAAAUUUGGCCAUUGAUGAGUAUCUUCUCCAACACACAUCCAUAAUUAGUGCAAAUCAAUUAAUUCUGGCCAAAAAAUUGCUGUUCAAAAGUUCUAUAAUGGAGUUGAAACAAAGAAAGUUAGAAAAACCUGAUGAUGAUGAGAAAUGGUCAAAAAAUCUGAUCAAACUGGAUGAGUCCAAGUUGCAGUUCCUUGAAGCCUUCAGGAAUGUUUAUAAUGACUGUGGAACAACACAGACAAAAUGUGCAAGGGAGAUUAGAGACAUUUCAGGCGGUAAGAGCAAGAUACAACAAUCCGUAGUGUUGAGAAUGCUGCGUAAAACUUACUUUCCCAAAGAGCCAGCAACAUUGCAGGCUGUCAAAAGUUGGAUGACAAUGAAAAAGCAAGGGAAAAUAUAUUUGGAUGAGUAA